AUGGAAGCUCUCAUCACACAAGCGAAACAAUUAGCUUCGACUACCAGCGAAACUACUCGCCAGCAACUAAUCGAGCAACUUCGAGACCUUACCUAUUCCCUCGAGACGGAAGAUGAUACUAUGCAGAGACUGUUAUACCGACAACUGGAAAUAGUGAUGAUUAGAGUGAGCGAGGACCUUCAGCUCUUCGAGCUUCUAAGCUCUACUCAAAACUCUAUGACUGUCGAAGAACUUUCCCAGAAGACAGGUGCUGCACCUGUUUUACUCGGUCGUGUACUGAGGUAUCUUGCUUCGAUGAAACUCAUCAAAGAGACCGGAAAAAAUCAGUAUACUUCUACCAAGAUCACCAAAACACUCGCUGUAUCCGGUAAUAAAGCUGCGAAUAAGACCGACGAGCACAUUUUCAGCUGGGUGGGACGUCAUCCUGAUGUAGCUGCCAAUUUUGGAAAAUGGAUGGCGCGAUAUAUGCAAGGACAAAAAACAUGGUUGGAUAUCUUUCCAUUCGAAAAAGAAGUAGGGAGCUGGAAACCAACUAAUGGUGAAGAUGUACUCCUUGUCAAUGUUGGCGGAAAUUUCGGCCCUCUUUUAGAAGGAUUGAAGGCGAAGAUUGCGGGGAUUGAAAGUCGAAUUAUCUUGCAAGAACUGCCUAAAGACAGCAACCUGCGAUCUGGACAGGACCAGCCACACGACGGCGAUGCAGCCGCAGCUAGGGAAAAACCUGCUGUUGAGACCACCGUCCAUGAUAUAUAUACCCCUCAGCCCGUUAAAAGUGCAAAAUUCUACUACAUCCGAAGUGUAUUCCACGACUUUCAGGAUGAAAAGUGCAGUUCUAUUCUGCGCAACAUAGUGCCGGCCAUGGGCACGGAGUCGGUAAUUCUCAUUGAUGAAAAGAUAUUCCCUGAUUCCAAUGUCAACUGGAAGAUGGCGCAAAUCGAUAUUUCAAUGAUGGCAUGUUUUGCCUCUAUUGAGCGGACAGAGGCCAUGUGGGACGCCUUACUUGACUCGAUUGGACUUAAGGUUAUAAGAAAGUAUCUUUAUCAACCUGAGUUUUAUGACGGUGUUCUGGUUGUUGAGCGCAAGUGA